AUCAGUUUUUUUUUUUUUUUUUUUUUCAAAUUCUGUAUAUAUUUUUUCUUCUUCUUUAGGAAUUAAUCAUGUUAACCAAUCAAUACUUGGAAAAAACUCCUCAUCAGAUCCCAAUCUUCCAGGGAGAACAAGUUGACAUUGAAGACAAAGGGUCUGUGGUAAUUGAUAAUAAUAAUGAUGACAAAAUCUUGGAUUCUGAUGCUGAUAACAGCGUGGCUAAUUCAGGUUACAGUGAUAGUAGUUUCGGUGAUUUCACCCGGAAUGGAAUGCUCAAGGUUGGGGAAGGAAGUCUUGAACAUAACACAAUUACUAGGAGCUUCCUAGAAGGAAUGAGAAAUCGUGGAAAGGACACCAAGAUUGUGGCCAUACAUAAGAACUCUGCUUCUGGUUCUGCAGGAAGAGCUAGAUGGCUUACUUUUCGUAUUUUUACGGAGGCAGUGAGUCAAAAGUCCGGAGGCGAUGCUAAUUUGCGGUUUGGUUGGUUUGGUGGUUCAAGAGAGAAGAUUUGUCAAGUUAUAUCUCAUGGAUUUAGUCUCUGCAGUGAAACUGCUAAUGGUGAAUCUCAUGGGUUUGGUAUUUCUCUUUCUCCUCCAAAAUUUUGCAUUGAUAGCGCGGCAUCAGCCACUGUGGAUGAGAAUGGUCUUAGGCAUAUGUUGCUAUGCCGUGUGGUAAUGGGGAAGAUGGAAGUGAUUCCUGCUGGUUCAAAGCAAUUUCAACCAAGUUCAACAGAAUUUGACUCUGGUGUUGAUAAUCUUGAAGAGCCUAGAAAAUUCAUUGUAUGGAGUGCUUUUAUGAAUUCUCAUAUCUUCCCUGCUUACAUAAUAAGCUUUCAGGCGCCUUGCUUUAAUGGUUUGAAUACAAAUUUGGGGAGAUCAGUCAGACCCUCUUCACCAUGGAUGAGCUUUCCUGCUUUAUUGUCUAUAUUGUCAAGGUUUUUGGAGCCUUCUAAGAUGGCUUUGAUCUUCAAAUUCUAUGAUGAUUUUAGGAAAAAUAAGAUCAGCAGACUGACACUAAUCCGAAAAGUGAGGCAGAUAUCUGGUGACAGGCUGUUGGCUGCGAUCAUUAGAAAUUGCACAAAUAAGCAGCUUGUGAUCGGAAGAUCCAACCGUGGCAGAAAAUAUUGACUUUCUUAUUCAUCAGUUUCUGUGUGAAAACACCUAGAAGCUGCGGCAGCAGUCGCAAGAGCAGCUAAAUAUAGUUUCAAACCUUAAAUGGAGAGAAAGAAAGAAGUUGUAUAUCUCUUCUACAGCUGUAAUGUCAAAAAUUUGUCUCUUCUACAGCUGUAAUGUCAAACAUUUGUUUACUUAGAUUUUGUUUUCAGUGAAAUGCAACCAUCUCUGGAACAUUUAAAACAUCUACCCCUUAUAAAGUUUUCAUUUUUCUGCUCCA